AUGGAAGCGCAAAAGAGUCUUAAUGCUGUUGCUACUACCAAGACAAUUGAUAAUGAGGUAGCAAACAUCUUUGUUGCUCGUCAGAAUGUACAAGCAGCAAACACUCGUCCAAACAACAACAAUCACAGAGACUUGAUUCAACCAGGUGCAUACGCAAUGGGAGGAGGACCGGGACCAGCACUAACAGAAGAGAGCAAUAGAAUUGAGCAAGGGGGGGAAGACCAGCGAGAAAGCCACAUUGUAAUUGCACCAUGGGAUAUCACUGGAUCAGCCACCUUCAGACCGCCCCCCACACAAGUGCCAGUUCCAAAGGCCACUACUAGACUCCAAAGAGGUAGCAAUGUACCAACAAGCACAGAUCCGGGGGCAUAUGCCACUGCUGGGCUGAAUCCUCAGGGGAAUAACCCAGAUGCCUCCAUCAUGUGGAACCUUGGAAGCAUGCCAAGUGGGGAUGCUGAUGUUAGUGUGCCUCUUUUCCAGGAUCAGGAAGAAGGCCUUGUGGAGGCUAGAGCUGUGGACGAUGAAGAUCCUGAGCAAGUUCUGACAGUAGCACGAGCAGUGGAACCAAAAUCUAGGAAUCAUGAGCUAGUUCCUUACCGGCCACUGGGAACAGGACUGCUUUUGGUGGCUGCUCUCUGUACAGUUGUGGGCCUCUUUGUGGGCAUCAAGAACAGCAGUGUAUCAUCACCAGAAGAGGCUGAUACACUUCCUACAGAGCAGCCAUCUGUUCCACCCACAGUUUCACCAUCAUCGGCUCCUUCUGGGACUCUGGAUAUUCUAAUGGAAGAUCUUCCCAACUAUACUUUGGAAAGCCUGAGAAAUUUCAGUACACCCCAAUCUCAAGCACUCAUGUGGCUCUCCAACCACCGGAACAUCACCAACUUGCCAGAAUGGAGGAAGAAACAACUGUUGGCCUUGGCAACUUUCUUCUUUGCGUUUGAAGGAGAUAGCUGGCGUAAAGAAAUCCGAGAGCGAUGGAUGGACGAUAGCAAGGAGGAGUGUUAUUGGUUUUCUACAGGGUUUGGAUAUUUCAACCUCAACACUGACGAGUACAUUGAAUACGACCCUUUUGAGCAAUUGAGCCCAUGUAAUGGACAUGGACAAUUCACCUCAUUGAUCUUGCAAGAUCUGGUGCUGGAAGGAACACGGCCGUCAAUUCCGCCGGAGAUCACAUGGUUGACUUCGCUUUCAGAGAUUGACUUGGGCUACAAUGGCCUUGGUAGAACUUUCGACCAACUCAUUCCAAAAGAACUGUAUCAAAUGGCAAGCCUCUCUGUUUUGAAAUUUGGGAACAAUCAUCUACAAGGCCCCGUGCCUUCCGAGUUUGGACUUAUGACCAACAUGUCAAGGAUCUUGCUUUAUGUAAACAGCCUGACUGGUUCAGUGCCAAGUGAGUUAGGACUGGCAACCAACCUGGAGACCCUAGACCUAGAAAGCAACACAACGUCUGGCUCCCUUCCAACCGAACUCAUGUUUAUGACAAAGCUUGCUGAGUUGUGGCUCAAUGGCAACCUUUUCUCUGGUACAUUGCCAAUUUGGCAAAUGUCCAGUUUGGAGAUGAUCCUGCUCUCUGGUAACUCCUUGUCUGGUUCAAUUUCCGUGGAAGCUGGCCACUUGGAUUCGCUGCAAGUGCUCGAUCUUGCUCACAAUUACAUCACGGGGACUUUACCAACCCAGAUUGGCUUGAUGACCUCAUUAGAAACCUUGUAUCUCCAAGACAACAGGCUGACCGGCGUGCUUCCCCAUGAGCUGAAUGCAUCCAUUACAUUGAGAUUGGAUGGAAACCAAUUCUCAGGAACAGUUCCACCACAGCUUUGUUCAGUUCUCUGGUGUGAUUGUUCUGGCAACAUUUCCUUGGCAUCAACUUGUGCAGAUCUCAAGGAACAUCCAGUUUGGCCUGGAAGAUUUCCACCACCGGUCAGCGCAGACGGGGACACCAUCACAGUCAUGCUGAACAUUCAAACUGAUAUUUGGCCAGAGGAAACAGAGUGGGUCUGGCAGCAAAGUGAGGGCAACCUGACAGAUGCUUGGAAGACUCUUCAAGAAUCCAAAGGUGGGCUCCAAGCGAAGAAUCACCUGCACUCUUACAUACUUACUUUGACUUCUGGUGCAGCCCACAAAUUGGUGGUAUCUGACUUGAUUGGAGAUGGUUUAAUGACUGAAGUUCUAGGGGAAAAUGGUUGGAUCACAUUGACUGGCACUAACGAGACAGUGUUGUAUUCAUUCACGAAUGCAGAGUUUUCCAAAGUGAUAGUCAAUGUAUCCGUUGAAUGGGAUGGAGUCAUUGAAGUCACUUCAAAAGUAGAGGUAUGA